UAGGGUAAUUAUCUAUAUUUAUAGAUACCACUAGUGGGGAGUUAAAAAGUUUUUGUGACUUUUUGUUGGGAAAAUCGAAGUAAUUUAGUGAUUCUUGUUAUAUUUUUUUAGAUGAUUAUAUGAAUCUUAAUCUGAAUCUUCGAAGUUCGAUUGAAGUAGAUUAUAUCUGUCUCGUACAAAGAUGUAGAAAGUUGAGUUUGUAGUAUCAAUUUUUAUAGAUACCGAUGCCUCUAACUUUUCUUGGGAAAAUCGAAGUGAUUGCAGUGAUUUUUGCAAUAAUUAGGGUUAAAUAUAUUUAAAUGUUAAAAAAAAAUAAAACUUAUCUAUCAUCAGAUGUCAAGAAAAGUAUUCGUAAAAUUCAGCAUCCAGGAGAGAGAAGUCAAGAGAAUGGGGAUUGUGCAUACUUUGUCAUGAAGAUACUAGCGAAAAGCUUCAAUGUUCCGGAACUUCGAAAAGACCCGUUUUUAGCUCGUGGAGAUAAAAUCUCCAGGAGGUGCUGGGGUGGUUCGAGAGAGGGUUCAUUGUUAACUCAAAUUUGUUAGACAAUAGAUCAUUCGGCAGCCAAUCAAAUCGUAGCCGAUGAAUCGGGACAAAUCGCAGUGUCAUUCGGCAACUAAUCAAAUCGAAGCAAGCAAUUCGGGAGGUUCGGUAGUAUUAUUCGGUAGCCAAUCAUAUUUGUCGUAUUUAUCACCUGAUUUUAAGGGCUUUCGUGGCGUGAGUGAGGCAGCCAUUUUGGAUUCCCACGACAACAAGAAAUAUCUGUUUUUCCAUUCAAAAUAAUCAAGCCAAGAUAACCACUAUCUGCGCCACUGAGUACUCACCUCUGCUCUGCAUUUUAAGAAAUGCAGUUAACCGCGAAAGAAAAAGAUGCAAGGCACUGUUCUACGAGUCCAAGGUCCAGCACCUGCAAAAUGACGCUCCAAGAGGCUGGUGGAGUUAGUUGAAACGACUGUGUGGCUCGAUGUCGCGUUCGGCGAACCUAACCAGUCAAACCAACGAAAACGGGCUAAACGGCCUACCCUUUUUUCGAGCCAUUAGAAUAAUAUCGUCCCCUCGCUUAACCCAGUCCCUCUGGAGGAUAAUUCUCUUGUUCUUCUGGAGGUUUCUGAAUCACGGUACCUUGAAUUCUUGUAUACCCUGAAUCCUGUAACGGGGUGCGGGCCUAAUGGCAUCCCUAACUGGUUGUUAAGAGAUUACUUUAAGUUUCUUGCCUUUCUAGUAACAAACGUUCUCAACCACUCCUACAAAGAGCAGUACCUUUCUUGUAAACUUGUUGAUGUGUUGCCGCUCUCUUAAAACGGUGAAGGAACUCAUAAAAAAUAAAACAAAAUAUAACACAUUAUUCUCUCCAGACAAGCUAGAUUGGAAAAUAAUAUUCAGACUUCCAAAUAAAGCAACCUUAAGUCCCAGACUCAGGGAAUUCCAGUAUAAACUACUUAAUAGAAUAAUCUAUACUAAUGUCAAGUUAUUCAAAUUCGGUAUCUCUGAAACGCCUCUCGGUCACUGGUGCAAAAAAGACGAGGAAUCCCUGGAUCAUUUCUUCUUCACUUGCCCAAAAAUCAAUGCAUUUUGGAUGGAUGUCAGCAAGUUCUUAGCUGAAAAUUGUAACUGCUUUUGGUGUCCUGAUUUAAAAACUGUUAUCCUGGGUGUAACUUUGUCUGAGGAUUCGUACUCUGUUUUCCUAAACUAUGUUAUGAGUAGUCCUUAUAUGGUACUCACGCCAUCACGUGACUAACAAGCAACCCUGUAAGCCUGCGAUGUGAUUUGAAUAAAUUAGUCUGAAUGUGAUCUUGUCGUAGCCUGUAGUCCUGUUACUAUUACAGCCAUAACUGAAAUCAUUACAUGGUACCAGGAGUCGGAGGUCCAGGGCGACAAUAAUCAUAGAUAUGGAGAAAAUCAAGCCACCGCCAGAACUAGACAUGGAUAGUCGGAAUUUAGCGGAAGCAUGGAGAGAGUUUGAAGAGAGCUGGGAGCUGUACGAGAUAUCGAGUGGGCUAACAACAAAGGAGGAGAAGGUCCAAGUGGCCACACUUUACAGUAUAGUGGGGCUGAAAGCCCGAAGAGUUUUAAAGACGCUACCAGGAAUACCAGAGGCGAUAGCAGAGAGAAAGGUCAAAGACACCCUGAAGGCCCUAAAGGAUUAUUGUAUGCCGCGCACGAAUAUAACCUAUGAGAGGUACAUUUUCCGAACAACCACUCAAGGGGAACGGCAGUUCGAUACAUUUCUAACCGAGUUGAGACGCAAGGCCGCGCUGUGCGACUUUGGUGUAAUAAAAGACUCGCUCAUACGUGAUCAAAUCGUUAUUGGAACCAACAGCCCUACGCUGAGGGAGCGACUCCUCCGUGAACCGGAUUUAACCCUCAUGACAGCCAUAAAUCUGUGCCGAGCUUCAGAGCAGGCGAUUGAGCAAUCGAAGUUGAUCACGAGGCCAGAGCAGUCACAGGAAAUCAAGGAAAUUGAUUCGCUAAACGCAAGAGCUCCGACACAGAAUCAGAACAAGGGACAGAGCUUCAAAUGCAGAUUUUGUGGGCUGCAACACGAUCGGGGGAAUUGCACAGCAUACAACGCAACCUGCCAUCGGUGCAAGGAGAAAAAUCACUUCGCCCGCUGUUGCACGAGGAAACUCCCCCAACCGCAAGCACAUCAACAACAGCGUGGUGCUUCUAGAGCUAUCCGCGAGGUCGAGUUACAAGAGCAGCAAGACCCAAACAACCUGUACAAAGAAAUCGAGAGCCUUUACAUCGAAGAGAUCAAAAGUAGCAACAAGAUAAAGUGUGUGGAACAGUGCCUGAGUUUGAAUGGGAAGAACGUGACUUUCAAAUUAGACAGCGGCGCAGAAUGUAACGUGAUCCCGGAAGCGGUUGCGAAAGAACUUGACUGCACGAUCGAACAAACAGCACUCAAACUACGAGCUUUCGGAGGAAACCCCCUAAAAACUGUAGGCAAAUGCUAUAUAGAUACAAUUGUCCAAGGGCAAGAGAGCCCAAUCGCAGUUGAGUAUUAUAUAGUAGAGCACAAUGUUAGACCCAUUUUAGGCGUAGAAACGUGUCUGACGUUAGGUUUAAUCACAUUUAGUGGUGGUGCGCGAGCGCAAGGUCUUAGCAUAGAUGCGCUAGAGCAGCCACGCAACCUCCUGGAUCAGUUUGAGGAUGUUUUCACAGGUCUGGGAUGUGUUGAGGGCGAGUAUGAUAUCUGCCUCAAAGAGGGCGCAAGACCUACAAUUCAGCACCAACGAAAUGUUCCACUGCGUUUGAUAGAGCAGUUAAAAACCACCAUCAAUGACCUUGAGCAACGGGAGGUAAUCAAAAAGGUCAACGAGCCAGUUGAAUGGGUGAGUAACCUUGUCAUUGUAGAGAAGAAAGAUAAAUCCCUUAGACUAUGCCUAGACCCCCCUGAUUUAAAUGAAGCCAUUGUAAGGGAAGAUUAUAAACCGCCUUCAAUCGAGAAAAUAUCAAGCACCCUUAAUGGGUGUACGGUAUUUACAGUUGUAGAUAUGUCCAGUUGCUAUUGGCAUAAGAAGCUGAGUGAUGCAGCAUCAUUACUCUGCACAUUUAACGCGCCCUUUGGUAGGAUCCGGUUUUGUAGAAUGCCAUUUGGAAUUUCAUGUGCUAGUGAAGUGGCACAAAAAAUGGUAGAGGAGCAUUUUGGUGACAUAGGUGUGCUUCCUGUUUAUGAUGACAUUAUUAUUGCAGGAAAAACGACAGCCGAGCAUGACAGAGCCCUACACAAGGUGCUUGAGAGAGCCAGGGAACGCAACAUCAGAUUCAACAAAUCCAAGAUACAGUACCGGCUAGACAAGGUAAGCUAUAUGGGGGAGGUGGUCAGUAAUAACGGGUUCACGCCAGAUCCUGCUAAAGUAUCAGCCAUUUUGAAGAUGCCUGUCCCACAGUGCAAAAAGGAUUUACAGAGAUUGCUGGGAAUGAUCAACUAUUUAUCAAAGUACAUACCCAGCAUGGCUGAAUUGACUGCCCCAUUGAGAAUGCUCCUGAGGAAGGAGGCAGCCUGGGCCUGGCACCCAGAGCAUGAUGCAGCAUUAGCUAAGCUAAAGACAGCACUCACAAGCAAACCAGUACUUAGAUUCUAUGAUAUACACUUACCUACCACCUUGCAGGUUGACGCCUCAAAGAGUGGACUUGGAGCCUGUUUGCUCCAGAAUGGUCAACCUGUAGCAUAUGCCUCCAGGGCCCUGACUAGUGCAGAGCAAAACUAUGCACAAAUAGAGAAGGAGUUGCUGGCAAUUGUAUUUGGAUGCGAGAGAUUCAAUAUGUAUACCUAUGGGGCAGAUAUUGAUGUUGACUGACCAUAAACCUUUAGAGUCCAUCUUUAGGAAACCGCUGCACAAAGUGCCUCCCCGUCUACAGCGAAUGAGGCUGAGACUCCAAAAAUACCACACUUCUGUCCGUUACGUGCCAGGCAAGUACCUAUACAUAGCCGACACCUUAUCCAGAGCAUAUGACACAGAAGCCCAAACCCAGACUAAUGACAUGCAUGACGAAAUGGAGCACAUGGUCCAUUGUAUUAUGACAGACCUGCCUGUCUCAGACACGAAGCUCUCACAGCUCCAAGAAAUAACAGGCAAGGACCAGGACAUGUUACUUCUUGGUAAGUAUAUAAGGGAAGGGUGGCCGCAAAACAGACAAAGUGUUCCAGUGCAACUUAGACCCUACUGGAAUGUGCGUCAUGACCUACACCUGUUAGAUGGGCUUGUCAUGAAGGACCAGCGAAUAGUUAUUCCAGUCACAUGGAGACCGCAAAUUCUCCAACAAAUACACAAGGGCCAUUUUGGUAUAGAGAAAAGUAAGGCUAGAGCACGGGCCGCGGUAUACUGGCCGGGUCUUAGUGCCGACAUCUCC